AUGGAAGAAUUAGAAAAUAAGCACGAUUUCUUAAAUAAUAAUAUAUCAUUAUUAGAAUUAUCAUCUGAAGAGGAUCUUAAAGUUAAUAUAAUAAACAAUAAUAACAAUUUAGUAAAUUAUUACAAAAAGAUAUUAAAAAAUAAGCAAAUGCAAAGGGUAAUAUAUUUUGAUAUUGAUAUAACAGACGAUGUAAAUGAAAUAAAUGAAGCAUUUUGUUCACCAUUAAGAAUGUGUGAAGGAAAUGAAGACAAUUUACAAUUUAGAAUUAACAAAUUCUUAUUAUCUUGCAAUGAUUAUUCAUAUAUUAGAAAAAUUCUAUUAAAUGAUAUACACAUAACAGUUCAUCAUGAAAGUAAUGAUAAUAAUUAA